AUGACGAGAUCCUUCUAUUUUUGUUUAUUCUUCUUAUUCAUUUCUUGGAUAUCAAAGCUAACCACAAGCUAUCAUCUCUCCACAAAGUCUAGAUGGAUCGUGGACGAGAAAGGCCAAAGAGUGAAGCUAGCAUGCGUGAACUGGCCGGCUCAUCUCCAGCCCACGGUGGCCGAAGGGCUAAGCAAACAACCAUUAGACUCCAUCUCCAAGAAGAUUGUCUCAAUGGGAUUUAACUGCGUUAGGCUUACUUGGCCUCUUGAUUUGAUGACUAAUGACACAUUGGCUCUUAAUGUUACGGUUAAACAGUCUUUUGAAAGCUUGAAGUUGUUUGAAGAUGUUCUUGGGAUUCAAACUCACAAUCCCAAAAUACUUCAUCUUCCCCUUUUCAAUGCAUUCCAGGAAGUGGUGUCGAACCUAGGACAAAACGGUGUAAUGGUGAUACUAGAUAACCACUUGACAACGCCAGGCUGGUGCUGCGGCGAGAAUGACCUCGACGCCUUUUUUGGCUACCCUAAGUUUGAUCCCACCGUCUGGGCCAAGGGCUUGGGGAAGAUGGCUACUCUUUUCCGCAAUUUCACUAACGUCAUUGGCAUGAGCCUUAGGAAUGAGCCACGUGGUGCUAGAGAUUACCCUGACCUCUGGUUCAGGCAUAUGCCACAAGGAGCAGAAGUAGUGCACGCCGCAAACCCUAAAUUACUAGUCAUCCUAUCCGGCAUCGACUUCGACACAAACCUCUCUUUCCUCCGUGACCGUUCCGUCAACGUCAGCUUCACCAACAAACUCGUCUUCGAGCUCCAUUGGUACAGUUUCUCCGACGGCAGAGAUUCAUGGAGAAAACACAACUCUAACGAUUUCUGCGUCAAAAUCAUCGAAAAGGUUACACACAACGGAGGAUUCUUGAUUGGGAGAGGCUUUCCUUUGAUCUUGAGUGAGUUUGGGACUGACCAGAGAGGCGGUGACAUCAGCGGGAACCGGUAUAUGAAUUGUUUGGUGGCUUGGGCAGCUGAGAAUGAUUUAGAUUGGGCGGUUUGGGCGUUAACCGGAGAUUAUUAUUUGAGAACCGGUAAAACGGGUUUAGAUGAGUCUUAUGGCCUUUUGCAGGCCAAUUGGAAAGACGUCAGAAACUCUACCUACUUGCAAAAACUCUCCGGAAUCAAACAUGCCUUUAAAGGACCCGGAUUGCGACCCAACAACAACAUUCUCUUCCAUCCAUCAACAGGACUCUGCGUCACCAAUAAUCCCUCAGACAAUUUACCCACACUUGGAUUAGGACCAUGCCCUAAAUCCGACCCAUGGACCUUUAAUCCCCAAGAAGGCAUUCUUUGGGUCAAUAAAAUGUGCGUGGAAGCUCCAAACGUUGCUGGACAAAAGGUGAAGCUUGGAUUUGGCACAAAGUGUUCUAAGUUGGGACAAAUCUCAGCUACUAAGAUGCAUUUGUCGUUCAAGACAAGUAAUGGUUUAUUGCUAUGUCUUGACGCGGACGAACGUGACAACAGCGUCGUCGCUAACCCUUGCAAGUGUUUGACCAUGGAUGCUUCAUGUGAUCCAGCGAGCCAAUGGUUCAAAGUUCUUUGAAUUCUAUUUUCCAUGUUUUAUUAUUGAGAAAAUGUAGUUGUAAUCAAGACUGCCAUUUGAGCAUAUUCAAUUAUUCAUCAUAAAAAAAAAGCUAAAAAACGUUAACAGUAGUGGGCUACUGCGAUUAAAAUAGUAAUGGGCU